UGCCGCAGCGCAGCGUUAGCUGGGAAUAGUUGCUCUCCUCCGCAUGUGAGUUUCACUUUUCAGCCUGCCCGGAGGUGGUUUGGCUGCGGCGGAGUUUCUGCGUGCGCCGUGGUUAGAUUUACAGCGCUGCCGAGCGCUCGCUGCCGCGGUCGGCCGGCAGCUCUCCCGCUGGGGCCGCUGGGCGCUGAUGGAAAAGCAGCAGCUGUGAAGGUGCCGUUUCAGGCUCUUGCUGGCGUUAAAAAAAAAGAGAAAGAAACAACAAACCCCCAUCAGCUCCCACCGGAGAGGGGGAAGCGGGCCACGUGACUCCCGCCAUCCUACCCUAUGUCACAGUGUGUAGGAGCCCGGCCGCGCUCACCCAAUCAUGCCUGGAAUGCUGCUUGCCACUUGGGCUAUUUCUGCUAUCUGUCGCUAUCAGGGCUGCAGUGCUAACAGUUUGGCAGAUGGGACACUUUUUCUCGGAGUUUAUGUCUUUGGUUUUUAACUUCUGGCAGUGCCUGAAUUGUUGCUGUUCUCCCUCUCCUUCUCUCCUCUCUGUAAAACCAUGGCCCAUCGGCUGCGGUUUCAUUUUGGCGCUGGGCGAAGCAACACGGCCCCCGAAUCGGAGGUCCUGGACCGGGAGGGUGAAGAUGACUUUUUCAUGGCAUUCCACACGCUGCCGAGGAGGAGCAGCCCUCACGCCUUCUCCCGACACGCAGCAGACUACGGUGGUGGGGGGGACUUGCAAGAAGUGAGCUCCCUGAAAAGGAGCACAUCCAUGUUUAUUCCCCAGCUGCUGCACAGCAUCGAUGCGCGGCCGACGCGGAGCUCCUCCAUGCAGAUCUCUCUUCAGCGCAAAGCUGCCGAUGGCUGCGCGGACGAGUGCGCAGCACCAGGGGCUCUGGAGGAGAUGCUGUCCUCUCAGCCCCGGGGUGGCCCGCGGCACCACGCAUCCCCUGGGGCAAACCGCUCGUCUUCUCCCGGCGCUCCCGAGGCGACUCUGGAGAGCUCUGCGGAGCUGGAGCAACAGGUGAAUGGAACUCCCUGCUGCAAUCGCAGAGUGUUCUGUGCGGUUCCCUCCAACAGCCAGAGCCAGGAGGCUUCCUCUGCCCAGGGAGGUGAGGCGAGCGAAGCGGCGUCGGGUUUGAACAUAAGCGGCGUGAGGAUUCAGCAUCGGGCUUCGAGUGCAGAUGUGCCUCACGUUACUCUCCUGCCCUUCGGUGCUGAGGCUCAGAACAGUGCUCCCAGCCCUGAACCCCGGCGCUGGUCCCUGCAGCAUGUGCCAGAUGUGUCAGCAAAUUCGGGGAAGAAGUUCCUUGUUCUCCAGUUACAGCAGCCCCAGGCGAGCGACACUGGUGCAGGGGGCGAGUACAACUUCGGAUUUACUGGCACGAAAGGGGACAGGUUGGUCAGGUUCCCUCGGAUCCGGCUGGAGCGGAGCACGUCCUACCCCGUGCAGCCGCCAGCGGAAGAGACCAGCCCCGCAGGGGAUGGACAGAGCUCGGAGCCGCGCGGAGCCCCCGCCAACGGGGCAGAGGUCUCUAGAAGCAAUUCGGUAGAGCGGAUCCCUCAAGGGCAGGGGUGCUUGUUUAAAAUCAGGCCAGAUCAAAAGACAAGGCAGCAGCACUUCAGAAUUCUUGUCACCCGUGGUCCUGAGGAACAAAAUCGGGGUGUCGGUGCAGAGGGUCGUGGCACCCCUGGUCCCACGGCAGCCAGCGCCGCAACUCGAGACGACUUCCUGGGCCAGGUGGAUGUGCCACUCAGUCACCUCCCGACUGAAGACCCCACCAUGGAAAGGCCAUACACGUUCAAGGAUUUCCUGCUCAGACCAAGAAGCCACAAGUCUCGCGUGAAGGGGUUCCUGCGGCUGAAGAUGGCUUACAUGCCCAAGAACGGGGGCCACGAGGACGAGAGCGGCGAGCAGCGGGAGGACGCCGAGCAUGGCUGGGACGUGGUUGACUCCAGCGACGCCGCAUCUCAGCGCCAGGAGGAGCUGCCACCUCCUCCCCUGCCCCCUGGAUGGGAAGAAAAGGUGGACAACCUGGGGCGGACUUACUACGUCAACCACAACAACAGGACCACGCAGUGGCACCGGCCAAGCCUGAUUGAUGUGGGAUCCGAGUCAGAUAACAACAUCAGGCAGAUCAAUCAGGAGGCAGCCCACAGGCGGUUCCGCUCGCGCAGACACAUCAGUGAGGAUUUGGAACCAGAGCCUAUGGAGAGUGGAGACAUUCCUGAGCCUUGGGAAACCAUUUCGGAGGAGGCAAGUGCAAGUGGAGAUUCCUUAAGCCUGUCCCUGCCGCCGCCUCCUGCCUCCCCCGUGUCCCGCACCAGUCCUCAGGAGCUGUCCGAGGAGCUGAGCAGGAGGCUGCAGCUCACCCCCGACUCCAAUGGGGAGCAGCUCGGUGCUUUGAUGCAAAGAGAUCCUUCUUCGAGGCUGAGAUCCUGCAGUGUAACCGACACCAUUGCUGAGCAGUCUCAGUUAUCCCUGCAGGGCGGCCCGGCCAGGAGAGCUCGUUCCUCAACUGUCACGGGGGGCGAGGAGCCCACGCCCUCGGUGGCCUACGUGCACACCACGCCAGGCCUGCCCUCGGGCUGGGAGGAGAGGAAGGAUGCCAAGGGCCGCACCUACUAUGUCAACCACAACAACCGCACCACCACCUGGACACGGCCCAUCAUGCAGCUUGCAGAAGAUGGCAUGGUGGGGUCAGCAGCAAACAGCAGCAACCAUUUAAGUGAACCCCAGAUCAGGCGGCCUCGCAGCCUCAGCUCCCCCACAGUAACCCUGUCGGCUCCUCUGGAGGGCAUCAAGGACUCUCCGGUGCGCAGGGCGGUGAAGGACACCCUUUCCAACCCCCAGUCUCCACAGCCCUCCCCUUACAACUCCCCUAAACCACAGCACAAAGUUGCACAAAGCUUCCUUCCUCCUGGCUGGGAGAUGCGAAUAGCACCCAACGGGAGGCCCUUCUUCAUUGAUCACAACACUAAGACUACCACCUGGGAGGAUCCACGGCUGAAAUUUCCAGUGCAUUUGAGAUCAAAAGCAUCUCUGAACCCCAAUGAUCUGGGCCCCCUUCCUCCUGGCUGGGAGGAAAGAAUCCAUCUGGAUGGAAGAACCUUUUAUAUAGACCACAGAAGCCAGGUGUUGAUAUGUGGAGACAUUGAUACCAGAGACUUAGUGCCCUCCUACGAUAACAAAAUCACCCAGUGGGAGGACCCCAGGCUGCAGAACCCUGCCAUCACUGGCCCUGCAGUGCCCUACUCCAGGGAGUUCAAGCAGAAGUACGACUACUUCCGGAAGAAGCUCAAGAAACCAGCUGAUAUUCCAAACAGAUUCGAGAUGAAGCUACACAGAAAUAACAUUUUUGAGGAGUCCUACAGAAGAAUCAUGUCUGUGAAGAGACCUGAUGUACUAAAAGCCAGGCUCUGGAUUGAAUUUGAGUCAGAAAAAGGACUUGACUAUGGAGGUGUGGCCCGAGAGUGGUUUUUUCUCUUGUCCAAGGAGAUGUUUAACCCUUACUACGGUCUCUUUGAAUACUCAGCAACGGACAACUACACACUUCAGAUUAAUCCUAAUUCAGGUCUCUGUAACGAGGACCACCUCUCGUACUUCACCUUUAUCGGCCGCGUGGCUGGCCUGGCAGUGUACCACGGCAAGCUCCUGGACGGCUUCUUCAUCAGACCCUUUUACAAGAUGAUGCUGGGGAAGCCAAUAACCCUGAAAGACAUGGAGUCUGUGGACAGUGAAUACUACAACUCCCUGAAGUGGAUCCUGGAAAACGACCCUACAGAGCUGGACCUCAUGUUCUGCAUAGAUGAGGAAAACUUUGGCCAGGUGUGUAAAAGUUUCCAUGUUGCUAUUGGCUGAGGAGUGUCUCCUGGCUGUGA